AUGGAGAAUGUUUCUAAUCUGAAGGCUAUUAAAGAAUUGGAGGAGAUGUACAGUAUCAUCGAACAGUGUUUCCUCGGAUCGAAAUUAGGAUAUACGUAUGACCAAUAUCCAAUUGUGUUUGAUUACAUUCGGAAAACUCGGCAAAGAACUCUAGAAGCUACGAUACAUGAACUCGUGAUUUUGAUCAAGAAACAUCUGGGUAGGACAAAUAUUGGACACGUUUUAGAUGCUGCAUGUGGAUCGGGCGAUGUCGCGUUUCAUCUCCCGUCAGAAUUCGGCAGCAACGUGAAGAUCCAUGGCUGUGACAUCUCUGUUAAAGCAAUAGAAGAAGCCCAGGCAAGCGCGUUCCUUGCCAAAGGUUACGAAAACUUAUCCUACAGUACCCAAAACCUCCUAGCGUUGCCAGGCAGCUGGGACAAGAAAUUCGACGUGGUUCUGCUAUUCGAUGUCCUUCACGACAUGGGAAAUCGGGAUGAGGCAUUAAAAAAUGCCAUUAGAGUCCUUAAAGACGAUGGCUUGCUUGUCAUUGUCGACCCUAAAGUUAGCAGCAAUAUAUUAGAAAACGGCAACAACCCACAGGCUGCCAUCGCCCUCCUCUACAGUAUCCUUUGGUGCAUCCCAACUGCUUGUUGUAGCGACGCCCAUGGUGUUGGCUGGGGAUUCGAGAAUAAAGAUAAACUCAUGACGAAACACAGACUACAAGUAGUGGAUCGUAGAGAACUCAUGGGCAGCCCUUUUGACUUUGCUUAUUUCGCCAAGAAAAUCCUUAAAUAA